AGCAGUGAAGCUUUUACACAAUCAAAUGAGAACUCAAAGGUACAAGAAUUCUCUUAACCAUCAGCUCCCGCAACUCUUGCGCCUACUCGUGCGACAUGUCUCAACCCAACAACAAAACCUCUCCUCAAAACUGGUUAUCUUCUACGACCCCUCAGCGCAACUGUCUUACAUGGAACUAUCUCAGAAAUUCUACGAAGCUAUGAAAGCCUGUGCAUCCCUCAAGUCCACACCCAUUGCCCAAAAACUCCAUGCCAAGCUCAUAUCAACCGGCCUGGAUUCCUCCAUUUUUCUCCAGAACCAUCUCUUGCACUUGUACUCUAAUUGCAAUUUGAUCAAUGACGCUUGCCGGGUUUUUACCAAUAUUGAGCAUCGUAAUGUUUUUAGUUGGAAUACGAUGAUUAGUGGGUUGGUUGGGUCGGGUCGGAUGAGUGAAGCAGAGAAGAUGUUCGAGGAAAUGCCUGAAAGAGACCCUGUUUCUUGGACUUCGAUGAUGUCGGGCUAUUUCCAUAAUGGGCAACCGGAAAAUACUGUAAAUAUGUUUUCUUGGAUGAUACGGGAUGGUAACUGUGUUGAUGACCCAUUUUCCUUUACUUGUGCAAUGAAGGCUUGUGGUAGUCUCGGCUACAUCAAGUUGGCUCUUCAAUUGCACGGUCUUGUGGAGAAAUUUGAUUUUGGAAGCAGCAUGUAUAUGGCUAUUCAGAAUUCGAUAAUGGAUAUGUAUAUUAAGUCUGGAAAUGUGAGUCAUGCAGAGAGGGUGUUUCUAAGAAUCCCUGACCCGAGCUUGUUUUGUUGGAACAGUAUGAUUUAUGGUUAUUCUAAACUGUAUGGUGUAGAAAGCGCUCUUGAUUUGUUCAACCAAAUGCCUGAACGUGAUUACGUGUCUUGGAACACGAUGAUUUCAAUCUUCUCUCAACAUGGCUUUGGGGUUCAGAGCCUUAGUAUGUUUGUUGAGAUGUGGAAUCAAGGUAUUAGACCGAAUUCCAUGACAUAUGCCACUGUCCUAAGCGCGUGCACUAGUAUAUAUGAUCUGGAAUGGGGUGUCCAUUUGCAUAGUCGGAUUGUUCGCAUGGAACCAGCUGUUGAUGUUUCUGUGGGUGGUGGUCUGGUUGACAUGUAUGCAAAAUGUGGAUGCUUAGAAUCUGCUAGGCGGGUAUUUGAGAGCUUAAUGGAACAAAAUGCAGUCUCGUGGACUUCUUUAAUCAAUGGAUAUGCACAGUUUGGGCUUGAAGCAGAAGCUUUGAUACUGUUUAAUCAGAUGAGGGAGGCUCCUGUUGCCUUGGAUGACUUUACUCUUGCAACGGUUCUUGGGAUUUGUUCUGGUCAGAAGUAUGUUUCUAUUGGGGAGCAGCUGCAUGGAUAUACAAUCAAGAGUGGAAUGGAUUACUCUGUUGCUGUAGGGAACGCCGUUGUUACAAUGUAUGCUAAGUGUGGAAAUGCUCAGAAAGCAAACCAUGCAUUUGAAUUAAUGCCAAUUAGAGAUAUAAUAUCAUGGACAGCGAUGAUCACCACAUUCUCUCAGAUUGGUGAUAUUGAAAAAGCUCAUAAAUAUUUUGAUAAAAUGCCAGAGCGGAAUAUCAUAACGUGGAAUUCAAUGUUAAGCACAUAUACUCAACAUGGCUUUUGGGAAGAAGGUCUCAAGUUGUAUACCGUAAUGCAAAGGCAAGGGGUUAAGCCUGAUUGGAUCACUUUUGCUACUUCAAUUAGUGCCUGUGCUGAUUUAGCAAUAUUAAAACUUGGUAUCCAAAUUGUAACUCAAGCUGAAAAAUUAGGGUUUUGUUCUAAUGUUUCAGUUGCAAAUAGUGUUGUUACUAUGUAUUCCAGAUGCGGACGAAUUGAAGAAGCACAAAAAGUUUUUGACAUGAUAUAUGAGAAAGAUUUGAUCUCGUGGAAUGCGAUUAUGGCAGGAUAUGCUCAAAAUGGUCAAGGUAGGAAAGUAAUAGACAUUUUUGAGAAUAUGUUGAAGAUGAAAUGCUCACCUGAUCAUAUAAGCUACGUAUCUGUUCUAUCGGGUUGUAGCCAUUCAGGGCUCGUACCAGAAGGAAAACAUUACUUUUAUUCCAUGACUAAAGAUUUUGGCAUCUCUCCUACAUCUGAGCAUUUUGCUUGUAUGGUGGAUCUGCUUGGUCGGGCUGGAUUACUGGAGGAGGCCAAGAAUUUGAUUAAUGGGAUGCCUUUUAAGCCAAAUGUUGCUAUUUGGGGGGCUCUGCUAGGUGCUUGUCGGACUCAUCGCGACUCAAAAUUAGCAGAAUUUGCAGUGAGGAACUUGCUUGAAUUAGAGGUGGAGGACUCUGGUAGUUACAUCCUUCUAGCAAAUACGUAUUUAGAUUCUGGGAAAUUAGAAGGUGUUGCAGAUGUGAGAAAACUGAUGAGAGAGAAAGGAAUCCAUAAGAUUCCGGGCUGUAGCUGGAUAGAGGUUAAAAACAGGGUACAUGUGUUCACUGUAGAUGACACUAAUCACCCGCAAAUGAAGGACGUUUACAGAAUGUUGGAGGAAAUCAUGAAGAAGAUAGAAGAUACAGGAAGCUACAUUAAUGCAUGUAGCUCUCUUCGUUGUCAGGGUUACCACAGUGAGAGGCUUGCUGUGGCUUUUGGCUUGAUUAGCUUGCCUAAUUGGAUGCCUAUCCAAGUAAUGAAGAAUCUUCGAGUUUGCAAUGAUUGUCACUUGGUAAUAAAGCUGAUUUCUCGUGUUACCUCAAGGGAACUUAUAGUGCGAGAUGGAUACCGAUUUCAUCAUUUCAAGAAUGGAUUUUGCUCUUGUGGAGAUUACUGGUAAUCUGAAGGGAAAUUAGGGAAGAAGCAACCCAUAGGCUCUCUAGCCCUCAAGCUCUGCUCUCCAUACUCUUCUUGGUUUUCAUGACGGUGUUUGUGAAAGAAAUUUCUGUCCAGGUGGGAAGAACACAGCUCUGAAGGAUAUUGAGGUGCAGCAUAAGAAAGCCCUAGAAGAGGAUCCUGAGUUUAUGAUUAAAUGAAAAGGAAAGCUCUCCAUCCUCUUAGCACUAGAUCAUGAAGAGGGAAAGGUAUCAUGAUCCUUUGUUUUUACAUGCAGUUAAAAGAAGCACACUUAGAUGGCUCCUGAGAGCACGUAAGGAAAAAAAUUGCUUAUUAAUCAAGUGGCUGAUCUUAAAACAGUUGCCAAUUGGAAUUUAUCAAGAAAGUUAAAUUUUUUUAUUAGAAUAUGGUAAUAUGAUUGUUCCUGAAGAACAUUAAAUUAAGGGUAAAUUACACUUUAUCCCCCCAAACUACUACCCAGUUGCAAUUACAUCUCCAAACGUUAACUCAUUGCAACUCGCCCCUACGAACUACCAUUUUGUUCCGAGUUGGUCCUUGGGUCGAUUUGGGGUGUUGACUUUGGAUGGAAUCCGUCAACACGUGCAAGUCACGGGACACAGAGCCCUAUGAAUUGAUAGAAAUGUCCCGGUUUGAGAGUGGAAAUUUUAUAGAUGCUUGUGACCGUCACAAAUGUUUAAAUUUUAUGUUGCUUGCCGAAAUUAUCACCAUUUAUCAGAUGGGAAAUUACUAAAACACUAUGCAUUAUUGUUUAGGGUUUUAAAAUCAAGAUUUUUUUAGCACUGUUAAUGAAAGGCCAAGUGAAUUGACCAAAAGGACCUCGUCGAUUCAGAUAAAAGUACGCAUGUAGCCUUAAAUUUGUCUUGAUGGACUAAAAUGCCCGUGAAUCUGCACCAAAAAUUACAAAAAAGCUAGUUUCUUUUCGUUUGGACUAAACCACUUCAACUGACACCUUCGUUGAACCACUGUCUUCAUCCUUCCCUGGUCUGAAACUCUUAGUCAUGUCUUGAAGUUCCACCAACAUUCCAAAGGCUGAAUGUGGGGUUGGUAGCAAUGAAAACUUGGUUCUUAAUUGGAUGUAGACCAAUCAUCAGGGUAGAUGCAUGUUUUUUAAAAGGGCCUUUCAAAGGUCAAUUGAUGAGUGCUGUUGGGAAAGAUGUGAAUGACAAUAUGUACCCAAUUCCGAAGCUGAAACUUAGGACUCGUGGUCUUAGGUUUUUGGGGAUGCUUAUGGCAGAACUUGGUCCAGGUCUACCACAUAGGGGGAAAUUUAUUUCAGAAGGGCAGAAGGUAAUUAAGUUUACUUGGGUUGAUUUACCCUAUGUUUAAUGCAUAAUAUAAUACAAAACUUACUUUGUAUGUGUUGUCUAUGUAGGGGCUGAUACCCAGUUUUAGUGACAUCAUACCUAUGGUGGACAACUGAAUUUGUGUAAGACAUUUAUUUGCAACUUUAGUGAUGGUCAUAGAGGGAAGGCCUUGAAGGACAACCUAUGGCCAAUGACUUCAGCAUACAUAGAUGCGGAGUUCAAUGUGGAGAUGGAAGAGUUGAAGCGAUCGAGUGAGUCUGCAUAUAACUAUCUUUCGAAGAUAGAUCCUUCAUUGUGGACACGAUCUUGGUUCAAUGAUUACAUCAAGAGUGAUCUCUUGGUGAACAUGUCUCAGAGUUUCAAUGCAUACAUCCUAGAGGCUGUCUCAGAGUUUCAAUGCAUGCAUCCUAGAGGCUGUCUCAGAGCUCAGGACAUCAUUACAAUGAUUGAGAUCAUUAGGAGAGAGCUGAUGAGGAGAUAUCAGCUGAAAAGAGAUGGGUUCAAAAAAUGAUGGCGACACAUGCCAGCAAUAGCUAAAAAGUUGGAUAAGGCUAGGUUAGCAUCAUGUGAAUGUGUCAACCUAUGCUAUGCUGUGGAUGGUUUAUUUGAGGUUGAGAGUAAGCGGCAACUGUAUGUGGUGAACCCAAGGCAAAGAACGUAAAAUGGGACUUAAUAGGCAUCCCAUGUGCCCAUGCAAUAUCCAUUAUACUCUUUGACGGGGGUAAGCCCGAAUACUACAUGCAUGAAUUUACAGUAUCGAUGCAUACAAUAGAUGCUACAGUCCCAUUAUUUAUCCAGUCCCUAGUGAGGACCAAUGGCCAAGAACUACUGAAGAUUCCCCAGUACCUCCUAGAGCUCGAGCGCAGCCUGGUAGGCCAAAGAAGUUGAAGAAAAGACAAGUUGACGAGCCCAAAAACCCUAAUCGGAUAAGAAAGGAUGGUGUAGUGAUGAUAUGUUCUUAUUGCCCCAAGUUUGGGCACAACAAAUGGACAUGUACCAAAAAGAAGGGAUCCACAUCAUCAUCACAAAAUGGAAGCUGAUGUCCAUUUUUUGGCACAAUUUUUUGUACACAACUACUAACGUUUUGUAUGUUGAUGACAGGUUGUAUCUAGGGCUACACCAACUGAACAUGUGACACAACCUUUAAUGUCCCAUGUCAUUGCCUAGACAUGCAGUAUGAUUGUGCUUGAUUAAGGCGUAGUUGAGAAAGCAGGAACUGCCUUGUGCUAAGGCAGUUCCUCUGUGUCCAAAGAGCAAACAUUUUGGUGCUAAAUAUAGUAACUUACAUAUGUCAUAGCACAGGAAUCUCAGUCAAAGUAGCUUGAAAUCAGAAAAGGUAAAUAUUUACAAAGCACUGGAUCAGUGGCUGCCACUUUCCUCGACAGAAGAAUGUUGAACAUGCUGGCUUCUGCCACGGCCCUGCACGGAGCUGGUAGCAAAACUGUGUUUCCAGGAGUAAGUUGGAGAAACUGUUGAACCAUGAUGCCCCCUCCCUUGAUGAGUUGGAGGAGACACGAAUUGUAUUCUCUGCUGCUGCACAUUAUCUGUUCCGUAUCUUACACCAUUUCUAGACAGCCAAAAAUUGUCGUUCAUCGACUGAGCUCCUCCAUGAGGCCUGAGCUGUUCAUUUAUGUUACAACUUGAGCUAACUAGACUGCUGUAACACUUUCCAGCAUCCCAACUUGACACUGAACUCUUCUGUUGGGCAAAAGAAGAGCUAGGUAAUAUGACUCUUUCUCUGCUCUCAAUAUGUUUGCUUGUAUUGGAAGUGUCAUUCACUUUUCCUCUACCAGCCCAUCCAAUACCAGCACCUUUAUGUAUCACCUCAGAAGAUGAAUCUGUACCAAAUCUCCUGUGAUAGCCUUCAUGCAUCAUAUUAGGGGAGGAGUUGAA